AUGGCAAACAGAGUGACGGGGACCUGUUGCACAGCUUCAGUUGAGAGGGCUGGCCUGCCAGGGUUGCUGCGUGAUCUGCAGAGACUAUCUGAAGAUCAAGACUCAGCAGAUAUCGUAUUUAUAUUGGGAACUUCGGAAGAAAAGGUCUUCGCACACAAAAUAAUACUGAUAGCCAGAUGCAAAAGUUUCCAGAACACAAAGCGCGGCGAGGUGUGUCGCAUCCCAGGGUGCACAGUGACGCCAUCUGUGGGAGCGCAACCCACGCCCGUGCGGAUGUCGCACGUGCAACCGGAAACGUUUCGGUUGUUUAUUCAGUACGUCUAUACUGGAAAGCUGUUAUUACAAGAUUCGAGAGUAUUUGAAAUGAUGACGUUAGCCGCGGACCUCGGGGUAGAGGACUUGCGAGCGGCCUGUGAAGACCACGUCACGUCUACUCUAAGUGUUGAAAGUGCCUGCACUUUACUUGCAGCUGCUUUGGAAAUUCAAGAUCGACCAGGCCCACCAAAAGUUCAAAAAGUGAUGGUGCAGCCCAUCAACCUUAUCUUCAGAUAUCUACAAAACAGGAGUCGUGUACAAAUUUGGCUGUACGAAAACGUAAACCUGAGAGUGGAGGGUCACAUUGUUGGUUUUGAUGAAUACAUGAACAUUGUACUUGACGAAGCCGAAGAAGUUCACAUGAAGACUAAGAAUCGAAAACAAAUUGGACGUGGUAAGAGUGCAUCAUCAUUUAUGGAGAGGUGCAUAGCAUUUAUUGGUGAUAAUGCAGCGGAGUGUGUCAAGACAAAUGCAUUUCUGAAUCUGCCUAAAGAAGCACUUGUAAAACUCAUCUCCUCGGAUUUUUUGUGUUUAGAGGAAGAAGAAGUUUGGCGUUGUGGUCUAGCUUGGGCCAAACAACGGGCUGGAGUGACACAACCAACUGCACACUGGACAGAAGAAGAACGAGCAAGAGUGUGUCACCAUCUUGCACCACUAAUGCACCACAUACGGCUCCUGCUUAUUGAUAGUGCAGUGUUUGCGGAAGAAGUAGAGCCAACUGGUGCGGUGCCGAUGGAACUCUCCUUAGAGCGUUACCGACGUGCGGCACUCCAUGCAGCCCGUGCAGAUCCCGACAAACUCACUCAACCCAGGCUUGCUGUAAAUAUGUUUGCCGGAUCUGUCAUCCUACAACAAGACAAAAGUGGUUUCCAAACAGUAAUUAACAGUUGGUGUGGAACACCAAAGCAGUGUUGGAGGCUGGUCUUCAGGGCUUCAACACAUGGCUUUUCUGCGCAAGCUUUUCAUUCACAUUGUGAUGGAAUAUCACCUGUCUUAUUACUCGUACAAUUGUCUCGGGGGCCGGUGAUAGGUGGUUGGUGCGAGACGGGGUGGGCAAGUGGGGCGGGGGGUGGUGCAGGAGGAUACAUUCCCGCGGAGAGGGGGCUCCUCUUCGCUCUUACCGACCCACCCGCGCUGUAUACGCUCACCAAGAAGGCGUUUGCGCUCUGCUACCAUCCAGAAUGCGGACCAAUAUUUGGCGCCGGAGCAGACUUACUGAUCUCUAAUAAUUGCAAUACAAAUUCAGAGAGCUACAGCAACCUCCACUCUUACGGCGAUUCGUUGUCCCCAGCCUCUCUAACACCCGAGUACAGCUUCACCGUUCGGGACUACGAAAUAUUCACUAUUAAACAUAAUUAA